AGGAGUUCAGACUCUGAAGAAGCAUUUGAAACACCAGAAUCUACAACUCCUGUAAAGGCUGCAUCUCCGCUACCGCAACUCCCACCUGAAAUUGUAGCAUUCGACAUAGAGGAACAAGAAAUAACACCUCAGCUUCCAUCAGAAGACCCAGGUGUUUUUCUGAUGAAACUAUAACCGUAGCUGAUGUUCCUCAUUGUGAACCAGUUGAAGAAACUCCACUGCUCCCUCCAUCCCACUCAUUUUCCACAGUUUUUGAUGAAGACAAGCCAAUUGCUAGCAGCGGGACUUACAACCUAGACUUCGAUAGCAUUGAAGUUGUAGAUUCCUCACAAGGUGUGGAUCCAAGCUCCCUGGACACACCAAGUUGGGAUUCCAAGUCCCACGUUAGAAGAAAAUCCACAGAUUCUGUUCCAGUUUCCAGAUCUACAUUAUCCCGUUCCCUUAGUUUGCAAGCUGGAGAAUUUGAUGGAGUCUCUUUUCCUGGGACUAACGAGACAGCAGGUUCUGCAACAGAUACUUUUGGUGCUGGUUCAAGCAGUGCUUCUAGUACUCUUAAGCGCACAAAAAAGCCUAGGCCAGCUUCCUUGAAGAAAAAACAAUUAGCAAAAAAACCCUUGGAUGUUUCUCCAGUAAAAGAACCAGGAAUAUCAGACCUCAAGCAAGAUUCUGCUGCCUCAAGUGACGAAAAAGUUUCUGAAGAAACUUUGGAGCCCACUGAACCUGAGUGCGCCAACCGACAGCACCAAAGUACUGUCAACAAAGACGAGGAGACUCCUGUACUGGAGACAUUGAGUCCAUUUGAUCCAAACAACUCAGAAGAAAUUCCUGUAUCAGGAGAUAGCCAAGGAGAGAACUCUCCACCUGCCAACAAGGAAACUGUAUCUCUUACCACAACACCAGAAGCUGUGGAGGUGACACCAUCAGACACCGGGGGACAAGAAGAUCCUCCAGUGAAAAGCUUAGCGGUCAGGUUGGAAUUUGAUUACUCUGAGGAAAAAGGCAGUGGUGAGGAACAGACAGAGAGUCCUCUUCUGCCCCAAAAAGUGGGCAGAAAGUCUGGGGCCAAAAUGCCCCUGAGAAGGCCAAAGACUAAAAAGACUGGAGAGAAACUUGACAAUACUCCCACAAGCCCAACCAAGACUCCUUCUGAACCCAGUGAGAUUCCUGUUUCCAAGGGCUCGUAUACUUUUGAUAUUGACAAAUGGGACGACCCCAACUUCAACCCUUUCUCUUCAACUUGUAAAAUGCAAGACUCUCCAAAACUUCCUCAGCAAACCACCACAACGUACAGCUUUGAUCAAGAAAUCUCCGAAGACUCUCUCGAUCCAUUCAAGUCGUCCCCAAAAGUUUCCAGUUCUCCCACACAACCUCCAGCAUCCUUUGAGAUCUCAGCCAACGUCAAUGAAAUUAACGGAUCAGAAGGAGAUGGCCUAAAUAAACCUGCAAAAAAGAAGAAGACGCCACUCAAGACGUAAGUCAGCAUGUAGACAAGCU